UCCGGAGGCCGCCGGCGGCAGAGGGAGCCUGAGAGAGAGGGGGCGGCGGGCGGAGCGGCCGCUGGCGAGUGCGGCGGCGAGCGCGAGUGGCAAGCGAGCGCGUGGCGAGCGAGCGCUGCGGCGUGCCACCGUGCCGGAACUCGUGCCGACGGGUCUUACUCAGGCCGCACCACACGUGGGAGCAGAAGCGGAGCUCGCUGUCGCUGUCGGUCUUUGCCCGCCGCCCGAAGUCGGAGAGGAGCGGGCAGCCACCGAUGGCGCCGCCGCCAGCGAGGGGGAGGGCGGCGAAGGGGCGGUGUGACACUGCGGCGGCCCUUGGGGGGGAGAAUGGCAUGGCGUAGAGGAAGGUCAGGAUGCGGCGGUUCUGUUCUUGUCCCUGGUGUGUGAGUAGUUGCUGUUUCAGACAUGAAGGCAGCUGUGGGGAACAAGAAAAGCAAGGGCUCUUUCUGCGCCUUCUGCGACCCUUCUCUGCUCCUGCUCAUCGUGGCAAUCCAGUUCUUGAUGAUUUACUCACCAACCCUUGAUCAGUACAUGAUGAGUUCAUCCCGGAGCCUCACCUGUGAUGUGACUUCAGUGACAAUAAAUCCGACGUGUGCGAGAUGGAGGGCGCCAUCCGCAUCCUCGGCCGCGAGUUGGAGGUAUUCCUGGUGGCGCCUCGCCUCGCCUCCAUCUCCGGCCGCAGCGGCGUGAACACGACGGGCUUGGACGCGAACGCGACGAGGUGGAAGAUCCAGCCGUACACCCACAAGGGCGAGUCCCGCGUGAUGCCUGCCAUCACGGAGGUGACGUUGCGACUGGUGACUGUUGACGAGGCGCCGCCGUGCGACGAGUGGCACGACGUGCCAGUGAUCGUGUACUCCAACGGCGGUUACUGCAGCAACUAGCCAACUACUACCACCACCUCGCCUCCCUCCGAGCGGCAGCAGCGACCUUGUCUCCCUCCGCGCUCGCCCGUCGCCGCCCGCCUGUGGCCUGCUCCGCCCGCCGUCCUCUCAGGUUCGGGGGGAAGAAGAGAAGAGAAGAGAACAAAUUAAAUAAAAGAGAAGAAGAAAGAAAAGAAAAGAGGAGAAGAGAGGACGCUGACAUGUGGAUCCUGUUGGCAACUUGUUGUGACAAGUCCACAAGCACGAUCGCAACACUAAACGCCUUGCGGUGAUAUGGAGUCGCCAACCACCUCGAUCUAGCCAAAGAGCCAAAUCAAGAUGGAUUUUGCAAAAAGAAAAGCUA